AUGGACAGCUCUCCCGCCUCGCCUUUGGCCCCCAGGGAUCCCAGCUCCCCUGAAUCUUCGAUCGGCGAACAAAUCGCCACUCUACAGGCCCAGCUUGCCGCUCUGCAGGCCUCGCAACCCGCCGCCGCCGCAGCCGCCGCACCCCCGGCCGUCACCGUCGUGCCGGGGAACGCCGCCACCGCAUCCAAGGUCGUGUUUCCCAAGCACGCUCGUCUGGACGGCCCCAAGUCGUUCACCAACUGGUUGCGUCAACUCCGUCUUGCACUCCCGAACCAGGUUCGUGGUUACGUUCUCGACGGUGUCGUUCCCCCGACCUGGACCGCCGACCAGCUUGCCGCACGUGACGACGCCGCCCGGGAAAUCAUCGUUGGCUCUAUCGACUCCGCCGACGUAUCGGCCACCCUCGACGCCAUCCCCAGCGACGACCUGUCGGCACCGCGCAUCUUUGCCGCUCUCAAGGCUCGUUUUGCACCGGACGACGCUACACGCACUCUCGAGUUGUUCGCUCGCCUUUGGGACUUCAGGAAGAUGCCUGCCUCCGUCGAGGCCUACGACACUUGGCUACGCGAGUACAUGUCGAUUGCUCAGGAAAUACGCGACGCCAAAACAUCGCUCAACGACGUGCUCGCCACCCACGUGCUCGCCAUGGUCCCGUCUUGCCUCGACAGCUUCCGACUCACGUUCACGGACGAGCAGCGAAACCGACGCGACCUUCCCGAACUCACGACGCUUACGGACCGCAUUCGCAUCCAGCUUCGUUCGGCAGGACUCUCGACCUCGCAUUCGGCCAUGCUUGCCACCAGCUCCCCCUGCCCCGCCUGCCGCGCUCCCGGUCACCGCCUGCGCGACUGCACUUCACGUGCGAAGCACCCGCCCACCGGCCCCUGCCGCCGAUGCCACAAGAAAGGUCACUGGGCACUCGACUGCAAGAACCGGGGUGAACAGGCACGUAGCAGCGACGACACCCAGGACGACACGUCUUCCUCCGCGGCCUCGCAACCGAACGUCGGCUAUUUCGCCUCCUGCCUCUUCGCUCGUCGCCAACUCCCAACUGACGCCUUUGUAGUCGAUUCGGGUGCCACGACACACAUGGUCGCCGACCGAUCUCUAUUCACGACUUAUCGUCAGACGGCACACACCAAGAUCGGCGGCAUCGCGGGCGGCAUCACGGCUAUCGGCAUGGGGGACGUGGCAUUCGUCGCCAAGACUGGACACCCGAUCACGCUCCGUGGUGUUCUUCACACGCCUGGCCUACACGUCAACCUCCUCUCUGUCUCUCGCCUCUGCGACACCGACCGCGUUCGUCUCGCCUUCACCAGCGACGGCAUCGACAUCGCCAAGGACGGCCGGGCCAUUGCUCACGGUACCAGGGUCAACGACGGUCUUUACCUUUUGGACGCGGAUCACACCAAGUGUCAGCAUCUUGCCUUCCUCUCACGCUCUGAGUCUCCCGUGCCCCUGCUUACCCUACACCGCUGCCUCGGCCAUCUUGCCCCAUCCUCUAUACAGAAGAUGAUUGCUGCAGGUUUGCUGGACGGGUUUGGGGCCGGGUACAGUGACAAAGACGUAGAGGAGUUUGUUUGCAAUGCUUGCCUUGGUUCCAAAGGUCACCGCCUUCCCUUUCCCGACUCUGAGUCGCAUUCCGCCGAGAGACUUGGCCUCGUGCACAGCGACGUCCUGUCGUUCCCCACUCCGUGUGAAGAGUCCACUCUCAGCUCGACAGGGGCGCCUCGGUCGUUGCGCGCGCCUGCUAGCCUGGCCCCUGUGGUGGGGACUUAGGCGCGCGCGAGUGCCUCAGCGCGCCGGCGCCGGCGGUUUUCGGGCGCGCGCCGCUAGCCCGCCCUUGCAGUGGGGACUUAGCCGCGCGCGACUGCCUCAGCGCUCCAGCGAUUUCGCCCGCGCCUGGGCAUAUCCCAGCGCGGGCCACCUUUCCAUUUCUUAGCUUCCUUCUCAUCACUUCUGUUCGACUCUCGACUUCUCCUGACAGUAGUGGUGAUCAUCUCAUAGGUACGCUGAAAUAGAUCACUUCUGUUCGACUCUCGACUUCUCCUGACAGUAGUGGUGAUCAUCUCAUACUCCGUCCUUGACCGGGAAGCGCUACCUUGUCACGUUUCUAGACGACCACUCUCGCAAACUCUGGGCAUAUGCGAUCGAUCACAAAAGCGAUGUUUUCCCGACCUUCCAGACUUGGCUCGCCGAAGUGGAGUUAGAGACGAACGCGCGGUUGAGGAUCCUUCGAACCGACAAUGGCGGGGAGUACCGAUCAAACGCAUUCACGGAGUUCUGCAAAUCCAAGGGCAUUCGUCGUCAAUACUCUAUCCCUUACACGCCUCAACAAAACGGUCGCGCCGAACGUGUCAACCUCUCCAUCGUCGAGGGCGUCCUCGCUCUCCUUGCGGACGCCCGUCUGCCGGCCACCUUUUGGGAUGAAGCGGCUGCGUAUUUCGUUUAUUGCAAAAACAGGUGCUCACACUCAGCUUUGGCCAAACAGACUCCAGAAUCCGUUUGGAACGGCCAACGCACCACCGCCACCGCCCUCCACCCGUUCGGCUGCACAGCCUGGCUCACGGUCGCCCCGGACCUUCGCAGCAAGCUCGACCCCAAGGCCGCGCGCGUGAUCUUCACAGGUUACGACCUCGCCUCCAAAGCUUUCCGUUUCUUUGACCAUUCCAUCAACAAGAUUGUACUUGGUCGCAAUGCCACCUUCCUCGACGACGACUUCCCCGGCCUGCCAGUCACCACGCCCGUCGAUGCAGACGACACCGACCGUCAGUUCGUCGUUCCCGCCGACACGCCCGCCCCUGCCGUCAAGACGAGGACCCCACUAGUAAGGUCGGCGCACAUGGACGUCUCAUCCUCCCUUGAUGAUUCUGCCAUGAGCGCCGUUGACGUGGCCCCAGGGUACACUGGCGGAACCUUACCUAAUUCCACAGAUACCGAAUCGUCCUCGUCACCGUCUCCUGAGCCGUCCUCGUCACCGUCGCCCACAAACCCUUUGUCACCGUCGCCUGCGCUGUCACCGUCGUUGGCAGCGUCAUCGUCACCCUCGGUCUCACCGACCGACUCUGACUACUCCGCCGACCCUCUGGACCUCAUCGGCUCACAGACCCCGACUCGCCUUGGCCCACCGGACGUGCACCGCCCAGACUUCAGCACGUACCGUGAGCCCGCAUCGGCUGAGGAGUCGCCCGACGAACUCGACAUCAUUGGGCGUCACUCGCGCGAUGAAUCGCCGGAUGAAAUCGAUUUCCUCACCCAACACCACCGCGCCUUCAUCGCCACAGACGACGACGACCCCACCCUCGACGCCAUCGAGCCCGUCAAAUCGAUCACUAGCGACCCCCAGACCUGGCGCGAAGCAAUGUCCAGCGACGAGCACAACAUCUGGGCUGAGGCCGCCGCCGCCGAGUUCACCGCCAUGCGCGACGACUUCAAGGUGUUCACCAUCGAGCCUCGCUCAUCUGUACCGCCGGGCGCCACCAUCGUCACCUCCAAAUUCGUCUGGAAGACCAAGCGCAACGCAAGCGGUGAAGUCACGGGGCGGAAGGCACGUCUUGUAGCGCAGGGUAACCGACAGCGCGACGGCAUCGACUUCUCAGAAACCUUCGCACCCGUCGCCCGUUUCUCCUCCAUUCGCUGCCUCCUGGCUCUUGCCGCUGCCAAUGGCUACCACGUUCAUCAGGCCGACAUCGACAAGGCUUACCUCCACGGCGAGCUCGAUCAUGAUAUCUGGAUGACGACACCACGCGGUUUCGACUUCCCGAGCGAUAAGGUUCUCCGGCUGCGACGCUCAAUCUACGGUCUCAAGCAGGCCGGUCGCAUCUGGAAUCGUCACAUUGACACAUCACUCAGGAAUCUGGGGUACAAGGCAACAGGCACUGAUCACUGCAUUUACUCUCGCAUUGACGAUCAGCAGCGGCCUCACUAUAUCGCCUUGUAUGUCGACGACCUCCUCAUUGUCAGUCCAGCCCUCGACGAGAUCGAACGUGUCAUCUCCGGCCUUGAACAGCGGUACGGCGUCAAACGACUCGGCCCCGCGGAGUACAUCCUCGGAAUCCAAAUACGCCGCCUGGACGACGGUUCCAUUGCUCUAUCCCAGGAGCGCUACAUCAUGGACGUGCUGGCCCGUUUCCACUUCGACACCACGACACGCGGCACUACGGUGCCGAUGACGCCCGGCCUCUCGCUCACGGCAAUUCCGGGUCAGGGAACGGAGCGCAUUCGUUCGUGGUACCUACAGGCCAUCGGCUCCCUCCUCUACAUCUCCCUUGGCACUCGACCCGACAUUGCCUUCGCCGUCUCGUACCUGUCCCGGUUCGCCAACAACCCCGGCCGCCGCCAUUGGAUUGCCGUCAAACACGUCCUUCGCUACCUUCGCGCCACGUACCGCGAUGAGCUUCUCUAUGCCCGCGGCCCAGCAAAAGUCACGGGUGUGGUUGGUUAUUCUGAUGCGAACUGGGGCGCCUGCGUCGACACAUCCAUUUCAACGAUGGGCUACGUAUUUUACUUGGCAGGCGCCGCUGUCUCUUGGUCGUCGAAGCGUCAGACUCGGGUAGCGGAUUCCACCACUGAUGCCGAGUACCUGGCCUUGUCGCACGCGGGUAAGGAAGCGAUCUACCUUAACCAACUCCUCUCCGAGCUCCACGUUUGCCCAAUCGCUGCAGCUCACAUCUUCACCGACAACGAGGCCGCGGCCGCCGUCGCUCACGACCCCGUUCGCACCUCCGGCACCCGGCACAUUCGCCUCCGCGAGCAUUUUGUCCGUGACAUGGUCAAUCGAGGUGAUAUCUCUCUCUCACACGUUGGCACAGCAGACAUGGUUGCGGACGUAUUCACCAAAGCGCUAGGCCCCAAGAUUUUUGGUACACAUUGCUAUGCUCUAGGCCUCCGGACGCGACAUCCACGGCUCAAGUCUACCUCGCGUUCGCGUGGGGGGGGGUGUGAGGAAUCCACUCUCCGCUCGGCUCAGGACUUAGGCGCGCGGAGCGAACCGGGCGCGGACUUAGGCGCGCGGAGUGAGCCGGGCGCCCCGGCCCAGGACUUAGGCGCGCGAAGCGAGCCUGGGACUUAG